AUGCUGGAUGGCCAUCUAUUCUCCGAGGGGCCGGACAGCCCCCAGGAGCUCCAGGAUGAGGAGUCUGGAAGCUGCCUCUGGGUGCAAAAAUCCAAGCUGCUGGUGAUCCAAGUGAAGACUAUUUCCUGUCAUUAUAGUCGCCGCGCCCCUCCUCGACAGUCCAUGGACUUCCAAGCCAGCCACUGGGUCGGCGGGCCCCAGAGCCGCACGUGUGGGCUGCGCCCGGGAUCCCCUGAGCCGCCUCCCCGCCGGCCCUGGACCUCCAGGGUGUUACAGGAGGCGACCAACUGGCGAUUGGGGCCCCCAGCCGAGGCCCGAGCCCGGGAGCAAGAGAAAAGGAAAGCGGCAUCGCAAGAGCGGGAGGCCAAGGAGACCGAGAGAAAAAGGCGCAAAGCUGGUGGGGCCCGAAGGAGCCCCCCUGGUCGUCCCCGCCCGGAGCCUCGAAACGCCCCUCGGGUGGCACAGCCUGCAGGGCUCCCAGCUCCAUCACGGCCUGACCGCCUGGGGCCGGUGGGGCGACCACCCCGUCCAUCUGGUCAGCCGCAGAACGACCCAAGGGUGGCAUGGGCAGGGCCCUGGGGAGGUCGCAGGCCAGGCCCCCCCAGCUAUGAGGCUCACCUGCUGCUGAGAGCUGGGACGGCCCCACGACGCCGUUGGGACCGCCCGCCACCCUAUGUGGCUCCACCUUCUUAUGAAGGCCCCCACAGGACUUUGGGGACUAAAAGAGGUCCUGAACCUUCCCAGGCGCCCAUCUCAUCAGCCCCUGCUCAGACUCCAGCCAGGACAGAGGGAGGGUGUACAAAGAAAAGGCUGGAUCCUCGGAUCUACCGGGACGUCCUAGGGGCUUGGGGUCUCCGGCAGGAGCGGGGUCUCUUGGGGGGAUCCCCGGGCUGUGGAACAGCCAGGCCUAAGCUGGAGCCCCGCAAGGGAGCUGCGGAGAAGAGUCUGGGGCUGGCUGCUGCUGGCCGGAACAGUGGUCACUCCCAAACCGAAGUGGCUGGGAGGCCAGGCACAGCGACAGCUCCUGUGGGGUCUGCAACUGCGGCUCCCAGCCCCCCGCGUCCGGUUCCCAGAUCCAGGUCCUAUCUCAAGGGCUCUGGGGAAGGGAAGGAAGGUAGAGAACAGAGCUGGCUCCCCAAAUCCUGGAUUCCCUCCCUUAAAAAGCAGCCACCACGGCAUAGCCAGACCCUCCCCAGACCCUGGGCUCCAGGAGGCACGGGAUGGAGAGAGUCCCUGGGUCAUAGAGAGGGGGCCGGACCCGAAAUCUUGGAGGGUUGGAAGACGACCCGCCACGCCCACACCCUGCCCCGCAGUUCCCGCGGCCCAGCUCGCGGAGAAGGUGUCUUUGUCAUUGACGCCACGUGCGUGGUGAUAAGGUCCCAGUAUGUCACGACCCCUCGAACCCAGCAUGUGCAGCUUUUGCCGGCUGGGGUACCACGCAUUGUGGGGGGUGCCCCCAGCCAACCGAAGUCCAACAGGGAGGAAGGCGAGGGGGUCGCUGGUUUUCCUUCCCCUUGCCAAAAGCUGCUGUUGAGCAGUCGCCUUUCACACCAGCCAUAUGGGGGGCGCGGGUUCGAAGCUAAGGGCAGGAACCCCUCGGAUUCCUCAUUGGAGGAGCGAGCCUCCCGCAUCUUGGGGCUCCCGGUGGGCGAAGUAAACCUGCAGGACGCCCCCACGCUGCCAGGUAGCCCAGAGCACUCAGCCUUAGGCACAGAGACUUCGGGAGGCGCCAGUAGUGCUGAGGGUUCGAGGGAAGUGUCGGGGGUCCCACGGCACGCGGGCCGGAGCUGGGCGCGGAUCCCGGGGCCCUACGCGGGGGCCCUGCGGGAAGCCGUGUCCCGCAUCCGCCGCCACACCGCUCCAGACUCGGACUCAGACGAAGCUGCGGAGCUCAGCGUCCACAGCAGCUCUUCUGAUGGAAGCGACACAGAAGCCUCGGGCGCCUCCUGGCGGAAUGAGCGGACCGGGUCCCGGGAAGGCGGGAAGACAGCACAGCCAAGCGAUGGUAUCCGAGAGAUUCUAGAUGCCAUCAGCCGAACCGAGGAGGUCCUCUUUAGGGAGAGGGAUCCUAAGAGGACCCCACAGGAAAAUAGGGAGAGACAGUAA